AUGUAUCCCUCUUCUUACGAGAAAUUUAAGAAAAACGUCGAGGUAACUUCACCUCUUAACUGGCAAUUCAAUGCUAUUGAGGCUCCUCCUGGAGUGAUGCCUUCCCAUUUAUUGCCGUCGCCUCCUCAAACUUACCCACCACAAAGGCCAAUUGCACCAACGUUCAACAAUGGACAUCAGAUCAACCCUCCUCAUUUUAAACCACAAAGUCAAUCACAUGAGAAAUUCAAGAAAAAUAAUAAGCGCGGAUUCAUACGUCAUAGAGAUGAAGCAGUAAAUAAUCAAUAUGUAUAUACCCCAGACCAAAAGUUUAUAAGCGAAUUUGCAAACAAUGGUUAUUCGGCUUCACCAUGUUAUAAUAACUCACCUGUCAAUUCAAAUCAUCCUCAUCAUCAAAUAUGGCGCGCGCCAAGUCAUAAUAAUUUGCCAAAUUGGCCGAUACCAAAUUCAAUGGAAUAUCUAUAUGCUCCGGAACAUUUCGAUAGGCAACAUCGUCAAUUAUUUCCUCCCGGAACAUUUUCACCUUUUCAGGCUCCACCAGAACCACAUUCCUAUCCAAUUCGUCAUUUUCCGCAACGAUAUCCUCCUCAUUUAGCUCCUGAUCCUCAUAUUUAUCCUCGACAAUCUAAUAACUACCAAUAUUAUGGUUCACAACGGCCAGUCAUGCAACACUUUUAUCAACAUGGACCUCAACCCAGAGACUUCCAUCGACCUAUAAUUUCACAAUUUCUUACUUUUGCACCGGGUAAUGAUAAUACAGAUCAUGUCGAUCAUAUAUCAGCUAAUGUUCAGCAAACUAAAAAGAAUAAAAAAAACAAUAAGAAAUUUGUUGAAAAUUCAAUAAAUCAUGUUGUUAAACAUCAAAAUCUAAUUGUACCUGAGUCAUCAUCCGAACUCACAAAGCAGAUUAAUUAUGAAUCCAAAAAGCGGAUCCGACCUUCUGAUGAUAUAAAGUCAUCGAUUAUUCCUUUGUCUAAUGAUUCAUUGACAAAGCCAAUUCAUGCUUAUGGAAAUGAUGGUCGUAAACUCUUUACAAAGAAAAAAAUUGUAAAUAAAAUUGAAAUUAACUUAAAAGACAGAAUCGGUCUGUUAAAUUUCAAAUCCUCUAAAUUGUUUGUACCAGAUGAUGAAAGUCAUGGUAUAAAGAAGAAAAUUAAAUUGGACAUGGAGAUCAAUUCGGUUCCAAGUGCACAUGAUGCAAACUCAGCAGAUUAUAAUCAAAGUCAGAAGUCACAUGAUAUCUCGGAUACCCUUAGUUCUGAUAUAGGUAAAAUUUCAGGGAUUAUUGAUGAAGCAACAGAUUCUAGUGAAAACUUAAUUUAUGAUUCACUUUCUCCAUGCGAGAAUUCCACUCGACGGGAUAGUGGAAUCGCUUGUGAUAAUAUGGAAUUAGAUGAUGUGAUCAUCAAGGAAAAGGACAUUAAAGAUCCUCCAAUAACUAUUUCUAAUGCUGCUUUAGAAAAUUCAAAUUAUAAUGCUAAUCCAAUUAUUAAUAAUUCAGAGACUGUCAAUAAUGUAGUGGGGUCUAAUUUGGUGUCAUCAGAUGAUGUAAUUGUUAUAGAGUCAGGCAUAUCAGAGAAAAUGGCAGAGUUAGAAGAGGAGCCUAAACUUACAAAUAUAAAUAAUAAUGUACUUAAUGUUAAUGAUGUUCAGGAAGAUUCAUUUGUUUCAUCAAAUUCAAAUUUGGAAGUUUCAUCAACACCGACUUUAAGUCUAGUUAAUACGGACAUAAUUUCAAAUUCGGAUAAUGGGAAUUGUUUGAUGCUUGUUGAUAAUGAAAUUAAUGAAAUUCAGGGAGAAAAGGGUGGCGAAACAAAUCAAGUGGUUACGGUUAAGGAAGCAGGAGACGACUUCAAAAAAAAUCUUUCUAUUGAAAAUUUGUCAACCCUUAACGAUAAUGCUUUGAGUACUACCACUACUACUUCUAGCAUUUCUGAAAGCUCUGACGACUCUUUUAUAAUUGUAGAUGAUUUACCAGAAUAUAUAGAUUCUAGUUUAAAAUUUACCGAUAAUUCGAAAUUAGAUGUCGAUUCAACGGCGGAAUUAACCAAUUCAUUUUCAAAAAUGGAUUUCGGUUAUAUAUGUAGUGAUAAGCGAUGCUGCACUAACUUAAAGCUGAAAACUGAAGAACCUACCUCACCCAAAAUUCAAGUCACACAUGAAGAUAAUGAAAUUCCUCAUCAUUCGUCAAAUGCAUGUACCAACUCAACAAUUAGUGGAAAAGAUCGAUUUGCUGGAGCUGUCUUCACACGCCAGGGCAUAAAAGAUCUUGCCUUUGUAAAGUUCGAAGGGUAUUCUAUCAAUCAACGUGUUAAGGUUCUUAACGUUGAUAGUAUUUGGUAUCCAGGCACGAUCAUUGCAAUAGAUAAAACUAAAGUUAGGGUGCGUUUUGAUGGUUGGGAUGCUAAAUAUGACGAAUGGGUAUCAAAGGAUAGUCGAAGGUUGAGAGUAAUGAGCGAUGAAGAGAUACUUGAAAUACAGAAUUCUUCACAAAACAAUAAUGUCGCGAUUGUUAAAAAACGUUCUACAUUCAAUAAAAUUGUUGAAAAACAUGAGAUUAUCUCUGAUACAGAAGAUCCUCAAACAAAUUUUUCGACGAAGUCAAAGCGAACAAGAAAGAGAACUGCUACAAAACAAACGAUAAGUAAUGAAGCAAAAAAAGUACAGUCUACCCCGACAAAGAAAAUUGUUGAUCAAAAGCAAAAGAAGAGUAAUCCUCGAUCGCAACCACCUACAAUAAUUCGUAAAAAGAAAAAGUGCAAUUCUUGUGAAAGUUUAUUUGAUAAAUUGGAGAAAGUGGGCGCACUUGAAUUAUGUACAAAGUGUGUGCCAUUAUUCGCACCUCAAUUAACGAGAGUCAAAGCAUUUGCGCAUGCCUUCACAUUAGAUCAAAAAGUCCAAGUACUUAAUAUUGAUAAGAUUUGGUAUCCUGCCAGGAUUGUAAAGGUAGAAAAAUCCAGAAUUAAGGUUCACUUUGAUGGUUGGGGAAAAAGAUUUGAUGAAUGGAUAUCUGUAGAAAGUCGAAGAUUGAAAGCCUUGUCAGAAAAUGAAGAAAAUAACUUACCUAACGAUAUAGAUAAUAAGCAAGAAAAUCUUGAUCAAAACCAUAACCAAUCAAAAGCUUCUACAUCCAAAAUUCCGCAAAAAUCUAUUAAUCUAAAUGAUAAAUCAAGGAAACCAAGGAAAGAUUCCGCAUGUUUUCACGAUAGCGAUAAAGAAUAUCAAUCGAAUAUGUAUAAGCUGAAAGAGAUAUUAGGUACAGACUCUGAAUCUCUCAGUAGUGUACCAGACUCAGAUUCUGAUUCUCUAAGUAGUUGUCCUGAAUCCAUCUCGUCUUCGUCAUCAUCAUCUCUUAGUGCGUCCGAAUCAAAUUAUAUAACUCUCAGUAGUUCUAGUGGGGAAGAAACUGAGAUAAAACCAUGUAAACCUCAAAUUAAACGAACUGUACGAGACAGUAAGAAGGACACGAUACGCAAGAAAAACCAAUCAUCCGAAGAGAAGAUAUGUGAAUCAUGUAAAAUUAUGCAUAUAAAUGUACAAAGGAUAGGCAGCCUUGACUUAUGUACAUAUUGUAGGUCACUCUUUGGUGAUGAUGCUACGUUUCGUUUUAAACGUGGUGGUCAGUAUGGUUUUGAACUUCAAAAGCGCGUUAAAGUUUUAAGUCGUGACGGCGAAUGGUAUCCGGCUAUAAUGGUAGAUGUUGAGGACGGACGUAUUCGGGUGCAUUUUGAUGGAUGGAGCGAUUAUUUUGAUGAAUGGAUCCCAGCAGGAAGCCAAAGAAUGAGAGACAUGACACUUGAAGAAAUAUUAGAAGCACAAAAGGCAUUGGAACAGGUUGAUAAAGAGACGCUUGAGCAGAGAGAAAUGAUGUAUGUACCACAAAGAAGAAAGAGAUCCAAUUCAAAACGACCAAUGCAACCACCUUCAACGAUAACUCCUUCGAAUGAAACAUCAAAAUCAACCGAUUCGACAAAAGUAAUUAAUAAUAAAGCAAGAUGCGAUUCAGAUUUAUUUUCUGAACAAAGUGACCUUUCAACAAAUUCCAUGAUCGCAUUUGAUUGGAAUGAAUAUUAUUUUGGACGAGACACGCGUCGCAGUCUUCGUAAUGACAAACUUCUAAGUAAUUCUGAUGUUCUUGCUAAGCUAAAAUCACGGUUUAAACCAGGAAAUCAAAUUGAAGCACGAGAUAGAUUAAAGGAGUGGGUUCCUGCAACGAUUAUUGAAGCUAAAGGUUGUAGGGUAUUAAUACAUUAUGAUGAUGUUCCUGCCUUCUAUGAUGAAUGGAUAGAUAUAAGUAGCGAAAGACUUCGUGAAAAAUGCACAAAAAAUGAAAUUACACAGAAUAUCAAACCUACCUCGACUUCUUUGGAAAGUAAAAAAGAUUUAAAGAAAAAGAAAAGCAAAGCUGAGAAUGAUGACGAUUAUCGUUUGGAAUUUGUUGUAAAUGGCGCACUUAAUGGAAGGUUAAUUACAGCCGAUGAUAAAUGGUGUAUAUAUUGCAAUCAAUGCAAUGUGGUUAUUAAACAGUUCAGAUAUUAUUGUACUUAUUGUGAGUCACCAUCAGAGGGUAACGAUUAUAGGAGUUUUGAGCUCUGUGUGUGGUGUUUUGCACAUCAAUUUCCAAAUUAUCACGAACAUCCUCGUUGUUCUUUUGCCGUUCAAACUGUAAUCGAUGAUGAAGCAAUUAAAAUGUCUUCCAAAGGCGAAGUUGUCAAAAUUUUUGACAAAGACAUUUUUGAUACAACAUUUAAAGAUCCCGAAUUUGAUUUAACGAGUAAUCAUGUACCAUUGGAUACGGACAUGGGAUAUCUUUAUCUACAAGCAUGGAAUAUGCGUAAAAUAUGUGGUUUUUGCAAUGACGAUGACUCAAAUCAACUUGGUGGAUUCAUCGCUCCAUAUCCUUUUGUUUCUAACACCUAUACACGUCACGGUGAAAAGCAGAAGACUUUUUGGGCUCAUCAUGCAUGUGCGAAAUAUUCACCAGAAGUUUUUGUUACAAAAUCUAAUGAAUGGUAUAACGUAACAUUGGCUUGGAAAAGGGGUCGAAGCAUGAAAUGUGGUAAAUGCAAGGAACGUGGUGCAACGAUCGGAUGUUUCGAACCUAAAUGUGCAAAAAGUUAUCAUCUUUCAUGCACGGAUAAACCGCUUUCCCAUUUUGAAAUGGGUGUUAUUUUCUAUUGCCCUACACAUGAAGCGCGUUAUCUUCAAAAAGAAUUAUACAAUGAGGUUUACCGUUGUGAUGUAUGUUCAUGUGAAUUACAAGAAGACAGAUGGAUGACUUGCAAGCCAUGCGAGUCGAACUUUUUCUCAUCUUUUGAUUUGUGUUUACAAUGCUUUGAAGAAAAGUAUCCUGAACAUGAACACGAUAAAGAUGAAUUUGAAGAAACAUCUGUUAAGAAAAUUAAAGACGCUCAAAUCACGAAACAAGCAGCACUUGCUAAAUCUAGAAAUUCGCAACAAAAUAAAGGAGGGCGAAUUCAAUGUUCAUAUUGUUGGGCGGAAGAGUCGCCUCGUUGGAGGAAAGGUUAUAAUGGCGUGCUUAUGUGUGAGGAUUGUUUUGAAUUAGUUUUGGUUAAUAAUAAUACUGCAGGAGAACAUCAAGAGAAAGAUAAAUUAUUAGUUACCAGCGAAGAUUAUUCAUACCAACCGUAUUUGACGAGAAACUUCUGUUCGGACAAAAAAUUUGAUGACUUCGAAUCUCAAGCAAUGCAUUUAGAUAGCUAUGAACCCGCAGAGAAUCAAUUAUUUUCUUUGCCUUUUGAUAGCUCUUAUUUUGAUAUUCCGGGUCGUGCUCCAAGGUGGGCUACGCAUAGUGGUACCGAUUAUCAUGGCACUUGGCUACCACAAACUGUUCGAAGAGCAUUACUUCGUUUUACAAGGAAGAACGGAAAAGUUCUAUCAAAUUUCCUGGGGAGAGGAACGGAUGCUAUUGAAUCUUUCCUACUUGGAAGGAGACUUAUUGGCAUCGACAUCAACCCAGCAGCAGUUGCUUUGUCCCAGCGGAACUGCUCUUUCGCGAUACCACCGAAUAGGGGUAUCACAGCCGAACAUCGACCGAUAAUACUUCAAGCUGAUUCUAGAAAUUUAUCAGGUUCUAUGUUUGAAGACGAUUCUUUUGAUCAUAUAUUGAGUCAUCCGCCCUAUAAAAAUUGUGUUGAGUAUUCAACACAUAUUGACGGUGACUUGUCAAGAUUUGCAAACUCAAAGGAAUUUGCUGCAGAAAUGAGUAAAGUUAUUGAUGAAUCUUGGAGGUUAUUGAAGCCCGAAAGAAGAGUUACUUUAGGAAUUGGUGAUAAUCGAGAACAUUGUUUUUAUGUCCCAGUUAGCUUUAAUUUAUUUCGUCAGUAUAUCGAUCAGGGAUUUGAAUUAGAAGAGCUGGUUGCAAAACGUCAGAGAUAUUGCCAAGCAUUUGGGCUUGGCACAUAUCUUUGUGUACAAUAUGAUUUUCUAAUGUUUACACACGAGUUUAUUGCAACUUUUAAGAAGGUUGACAAAACACAUAAUGAUAGGUUGUUAGUGACACCUGAUGAAUCUACAUUAUCGGGCUCAGUGACGUUUUUAAGGAAUCUUCGAGAAAUCCCAAUUCUUCCUAUUGCACGAAAAAGUGUCGUAAUGGGUACAACUUGGACAUUUAAGCCAACACAAACACAUAAUUUUGUACAACUUUGUACCUCAAGAAUGGUUGAACGGUUUGGUAGAGAUUUUGCCAAUUGGGAAGAAAUUCGGAUAAAAUUUAACAAUAUGGAGCCAAAUAAUACAGUUAAUUUAAGUGAUAAAUUACAUAAAUGUGAAGACAAAACUGAUAGUGAGGAAGAAAACAUGCCAGAAUAUGAGCGCAUUAGACAAAAAAGGAUUAAAGAAAAUCAGAAAAUGUUGCUUUCAUUGGGUUUAAAAUGUGAUCUCGGAGAAACAUCAGAUGAUAUUUCUCAUCUUGAAAAAAUAUUAAAUAGUAUGCCUUUACCUCCGCCAACGCCAACGGCAUUAAUUGUUGUACCACAUAUUCCCAACAAUCUUCUUACCUCACAAAUUAUACCGACUUAUCGUACAGCAGUUAAGCAUUUAGCAAAAGAAGCAUAUGAAAAGUUACCGCCAUCAGGAUUUUUUGUUAUUGGAGGACAAGACGUUAGAACUUCAGAUAAUAAAUUAUGGCCACUUAGCAUGCUCUUUAUGGAAGAUGUAAAUCAUUCCGUUGGGGAAGAUAAAAUGCCAUUAAAAGAACUUGUGGUAACAGUACCUGAAGGUUACGCUAAAGAUAAGAAAAGAAUCACAAAAAAAGAUGAUUACACAGAAGAAUAUUGUAUAGUUGAUGAAGAAGAAAAUAUAGAACAUUUACCAAUUAUUCAUGCAUGUUAUCUUAUAUUUAUGAAACUUCGAUAA